CAAAUAUUUAACUCUCGUAUAACUGACUACUUUUACAUUGAAAACACCAAAACAAUUCUUAUUCGUUCGGAUAAUAAAAUUUGGAAAGGUGCAGACGAAGGUGAUUCAUGGAAGCUUAUUGAAGGACUUCUUAAAGACAUUAAAGUUCUUGCUAUGAUCCAAAAUCCUUAUUUCAAAGAACAUAUGUACUUUAUUACACAGUCUGAUACACAAUAUUACACUACUGAUGCUGGCGAGACUAUAAAAAAAAUGAAAGUUCUUUCAAAUCCUAAUCUCCUUGAGUUACCAAUUCUUGACUUCCAUCCUACAAAGAAGGGAUGGAUUAUAUACACUUCCAGUAAAAAUUGUGAGGAUAUAUUUUCGUCUGAUUGUAGAGCUCUGGCAUAUUAUACAAAAGAUAAUGGUGAAGAAUGGGAUGACCUUGAUACAUACGUUAGAAUUUGUUCUUGGGCACUCGAUACCAAAUUUAUUGUUGAUGAAGAACUUAUCUUUUGUGAAUCAUACGAAAAUAAACGUGGAUCACAGAGAUCGUUUAUCAACAAUCCACUUCAAUUCUGGUCGUCCAAUGACUUUGGUAGAAAUAAAAAUAUAUUAUUUAAUGAUAUUGUUGGAUUUGCUACCUUUGAACAAUAUAUGGUAGUCGCUGAGGCGCGCCUUCGCUUAUGGGUGUCCCUGAAUGGUGCCAAUUUUACUGAAGCGAAAUUCCCGCUUAACAUGCAAAUAACCAAAAAUGCUUAUACUGUUUUAGAGUCUGUAACCUCUUCUAUUAUACUACAUGUCACCACAUCACCCCAAGACCUAAACCCAUGGGGGAAUAUUUUAAGAUCAGGUUCCAACGGAAUUGAUUUUGUUCAGUCUUUGGAGUUUGUCAACCGUGAUGAAGGAGGCUUUGUUGAUUUUGAAAAAAUGCGAGGAAUUGAUGGAAUUGCUUUAGCCAAUAUAGUCAUCAAUGUAGAUGAAUUAAAUAUGGGCGGUACCAAGAAAAAACUGAGAUCUAGAAUUACGUUUAAUGAUGGCAGCACUUGGAAACCAUUAGCAAUACCUGAAAGCGAUUCAAAUGGUAGAUCAUACGAUUGUAGUGGUGAUUGUUCUUUGCAUCUUCAUGGUUAUACUGAACGCCGAGAUCCUCGCGACGCUUUUAGCUCUCCUUCUGCUGUGGGUUUAAUGAUGGGCGUAGGCAAUGUUGGAAACUAUUUAACCCCUUAUUUGGAUGGUGAUACUUUUUUAUCUCGAGAUGCCGGUAAAACAUGGAUUGAAGUAAGAAAAGGGGCUCACAUGUAUGAAUUUGGUGAUCAAGGGUCCAUUUUGAUCAUGGUAAAUGACGAAGAACCUGCGAAUAGUUUCUUGUAUUCAUUUAAUGGGGGUGAUACAUGGAAAGAACAUAAUUUCACACAAUCGACAGAGCGUGUUAGAGUUUAUGAUAUUACAACUUAUCCUAGUGGUAACAGCAGUAAAUUCCUUUUACGUGGUAGUUAUGAAGGAGAUUUGAGUAAAGAAGUUGUCAUUUAUCUCGAUCUUUCUGCCAAGCUGCCCAACAAAUGCAAUGAGGAUGAUUUUGAAGAAUGGAUACCGACUCAUUCUGAAGAAACGGGAUGUUUCUUCGGAAAAAAGAUCAAGUAUUAUCGUAAAAUCUCCGACCGUAUAUGUCAUAUUGACGAGGUCAAACAUCCUGAAGAAUUAGAUGCGACGUGUUCUUGCACUGUUCAAGAUUAUGAGUGUGGCUACAAUUACAUCCGUGAUGGCGAAUCAUGUGGAACAGCGUCUAAUGUCUUAGAGUACAUCAUGAAGGAGCAGUGUGCUAAUGGUGAAACAUUUUGCUACCGCAAGAUUCCUAUCUCCAAUUGUACGGGCGGUCUAAAUUUUUCCAAAACUAAAGAACUUUGCCCUCGCGCAUCUUCUGCUUUGUUUUGGGGUUUACUUGUUUUGUUAUCUCUUAUUAUUAUUGGCGCAUAUGUUAUAUACCGAAAACACAAUCGUCAUUUUGGAUAUUCGACUUUAGGGCAUAUUCGUAUUGGAGACUCUCUAAGUUCGAUAUCAUCAUUUUUUUCGAGCAUACUAUCAGUUGCUAUGGAUCUCAUUUCGUUGAUCAGAGUACCGACAUUUAUUUCGCAAAUAUUUUCGAGGACUCCAACACCAAGUUCACGCUCUAGAUAUCGAUAUAGUCCUUUGUCACAAGAUGACCACAAUGAAAAUCAAUUCGAAGUCUCGUUAGACGAUUACAAUAAUGAUCGCGAAUGA